AUGAAAAGAACCGCAGAACCGGAGAAGACGGCGACCGACCAGUUAGUGGAUGGAUGUAUGCUGUUUGCUUCUAUGCUAAUCUUCCUUUACCUUUUCUGUGAAUAUUAAAAAUAUAUUUUUUUAACACUGCAUGCUAAUAAUGAACAUAGUAAGAUGAUUCUCAGAUCCCACAAUUUCAAGAGAAAACAAGUUUUUUUUCCAUCAUAGCUAUUGAUAGUUUUCAGCGUUCGAUUACGUUCCCAGUGAGAAGAUGAAAAAAAACAUCGGAACUUGGGAGUAUUAUGUGAGUUAGUUGGAUAUUUUUUUACUUUAUUGUUUCAAAAAAACUAUCGCAAGAGUUUUUUUCUUUAUUUUUUUAUGAAAAAAAUUCAGUAUAAAAAAACUCAUUUUGUUCUGAAAACAUGAUAGUGAGAAAAUUCAUUCUAUCAAAAUUUUUUUUAAUCCUAACCGUGAGAAGUAAAAAUCAUUGAUUAAUUGUAAACAUUUUCGCCUAAAAAAUUUUCUAGUUCUUAUGAGUUUAAAGAGUUUUGGAUUAGAAAUUACUGAACCGAGCAAGAAUAAACUUUUUAGGGCAGCAAGAUGCUCGUUUUCACGCACGAAAAAACGAAAGGCAGGUCUAAGCUCGCUUGUUUCGACUUUGGUGAUUUUCCUUGCUCUUUGUGUAACUCGUUUUUUAUUUUUCAGAUGGCACUCUCAUCAUCAGAACGCCGACCGAUCCGGAAACACCGGAAGUCCAGGACGAGAACGCAACUUCUCUGGACGUCACUCCAGACGUUUACGAAAAUUGGGAGUAAGGAUCAAACCAUUUUUUCUGUAAAUUAUUUCCAGGUUGCGAUACAAAAACAUGCCAUCUCGACUCCAGCAAUUAUAUGAAGAUGGCUUCAAGAUAGUAGUCUUCUCCAAUCAAAAAGGAGUCGAGGUUUGAAAAAACUCUUGCUCAGACUUCUAUUGUCCUUUUUUUUUUCAGGAGGGAACCAUAGGAGUUUUGCCGUACCAAAUGAAAGUAGAGAAGGUCGCUGAGCAGAUUGGAGUUCCCAUCCAAGUACGAUUUAACGAUACAUUUAGAAAUACGAAAAAAAACGAGUUUUUGUGAAAAGUUUUCUCAUAUAAAAAUUAAUUUUUCUUGGCGCUCGGUUUAAAAAAAACCGAUUAAAGCAUUCUUUCAAUGUAGCAAAAAAGGUUCCUGAAAGUGCCAAAAGAAAAAACUGCCUCAUUCUUUUUUGAACCUGAAAGUUACUCUAUUUUUUCCAAAAAAAAAAUUAACUUGAAACGCCCGCUUCAGCGAAAUUGAAAGAUGCGAGUUUCGCUAAUAUCACGGUCAAAAAUAAUCUCCCGCUGCAGCUGAAAAAGCUUUCUUCUAUUUUUCCAGGUUUUCGUAGCCAUGAGCCAUAGCGCUUACCGCAAGCCUUGCACGGGUUUAUGGGACGCUUUGGAAGAGAGAAACGACGGCGUCUCCAUCGACAAGGAAGCCUCGUUCUACGUCGGCGACGCUGCCGGACGGCAUCCUACUGAGGUCGGCGUAGUUCCUUUCUGCAACCAUUGACAUUUGCGCUGCAGAUCCAUCCAAAGAGAGACAAGUCGUCUGCUGACCGAUUUUUCGCGCUCAACGUCGGCUUGCGCUUCCAGACUCCCGAGCAGUUUUUUGAAGGCCUCGAAGUCGAAGAACCAUGGGGACCUCCUUCUUUUGACCCGCGGAAAUUGCUUGCUUCUCGGCUUCCAGAACUUGACCCCGUUGGUGAGUCACCGCAUGGAUUUUUUGGUAAAAGACUUUUUUCAACUUCUAAUUGGGAAAAAAAAGUUUUAAAACAGCAAAAAAAAAUUUCUCUGAUAUAUCAAACUUUGUGUUUGCCUGUUAUCUAUAUAACUGCGAGAAGAUUUGAGAGUUUAUUUUUUUAAAUAAAAUAGCAUUUUUAAGAAAUGUUUAUCCUAUAUACUUUUUUUCAUGGAUCAAUCUGCAGAAGAGAGGCUUCUAAUUUUUGAAUUUUUCUAUUAUAAUAUUUGUAAUCAAACUAAGAUGAGCUUUAAGAAAAGAUGAAUGUAGAGCAGUAAUAUAUUUUCAGAUACAAAACUUCCUUCGGAAGGUCAAGAAGUCAUCGUGAUGGUAGGUUUUCCGGGCAGUGGCAAAUCAACGUUUUCCAAAAAGAUUGCUGACGAGUACGGUUAUUUUGUGAGUUUUAUUCGAUUUGUGAUAGAGAAAUCAGGGAAAUGUUCAGGAAGUGAGCCGUGACAAAAUCGGCGGUCCUGACAAGUGCGUGGCCGUCGCCAGAAAAGCUCUCGAGGAAGGCAAAAGCGUCGUGAUCGACAACACCGGACCUGAUCUCAAGUCCAGGUGAACAGUACUCACCUGCAAGCAGAAUUCAACCAAAAACUGCAGGAAGCACUACAUCGAUGUUGCCAAGGAGAUGGGAGUCGGCUGUCGCUGUUUCGAGGUAUGAAAGUGGAGAGAAUCUCUUUGAAAAAUGAAUUCAGAUGAACUGCGACUUCGGCCGCGCCCAGCACAGCGUUCGCUACCGUCUCUUGACUUCCGAAGACGCUCCUGACGUCGGUGUCGCCGUCCUUCAGGAUCACCAGGACCGCUACAAGGUCUGCUUGAAUCGUUUAUGAAUAACUCUUUGGGAUUCAGAAGCCGCAUCUGGACGAAGGCUUCGACUCCAUAGUGACGGUGAACUUGGUUCCCGACUUCGAAAAUGAUUCUCUCAAAGAACUUUACUCCAAGUUUCUUGCUGACGUUUGA